AGCCGAGCCCAGCGGGACGAUGAGGGGCAUCCCCUGCUUCUGCACCCUGAUCCUCCUGGCAGGCAUGGCAGCGGCCGCGGGCCCCAGCAGGGACUGCCUGCAGGCGGGUGAGGCGUGCACCACGGACCCCGUGUGCAGCGCCAAGUUCCGCACGCUGCGCCAGUGCAUCGCGGGCAACGGUGCCAACAAGCUGGGCCCCGACGCCAAGAGCCAGUGCCGCAGCACCGUCAGCGCCCUGCUCUCCAGCCAGCUCUACGGCUGCAAGUGCAAGCGCGGCAUGAAGAAGGAGAAGCACUGCCUCAGCGUCUACUGGAGCAUCCACCACACACUGAUGGAAGGCAUGAAUGUCCUGGAGAGCUCCCCUUAUGAGCCGUUCAUCAGGGGCUUUGAUUACGUCCGGCUGGCCUCCAUCACUGCAGGCUCUGAGAAUGAGGUGACACAGGUGAACCGGUGUCUGGACGCUGCCAAGGCCUGCAACGUGGACGAGAUGUGCCAGCGGCUGCGCACGGAGUACGUCUCCUUCUGCAUCCGCCGCCUGGCGCGGGCCGACACCUGCAACCGCUCCAAGUGCCACAAGGCCCUGCGCAAGUUCUUCGACCGCGUGCCCCCAGAGUACACCCAUGAGCUGCUCUUCUGCCCCUGCGAGGACACGGCCUGUGCUGAGCGCCGGCGCCAGACCAUUGUCCCCGCCUGCUCCUACGAGUCCAAGGACAAGCCCAACUGCCUGGCACCUCUGGACUCCUGCCGGGACAACUACGUCUGCAGGUCGCGCUACGCAGAGUUCCAGUUCAACUGCCAGCCAUCCCCACAGGCUGCCAGCGGCUGCCGCAGGGACAGCUACGCCGCCUGCCUGCUGGCCUACACCGGCAUCAUCGGCAGCCCCAUCACCCCCAACUACAUCGACAACUCCACGUCCAGCAUUGCUCCCUGGUGCACCUGCAACGCCAGCGGGAACCGGCAGGACGAGUGCCAGAGCUUCCUGCACCUCUUCACCAACAACAUCUGCCUCCAAAAUGCCAUUCAGGCCUUUGGCAAUGGGACUCACCUGAACACAGCCUUGGCCCCGUCCAUCCCCCCCACCACACAGAUGUACAAGCAGGACAGAAAUGCCAACAGAGCUGUGGCGACCCUCAGAGAGAACAGCUUGGAGCACCUCCAGCCCACCAAGGUGGCUGGAGAGGAGAGGCUCCUGCGUGGCUCCACUCGUUUGUCCUCAGGCACCUCCAGCCCAGCAGCCCCUCCGUGCUGGGCGGCCUCUCUGCUGCAGAUGUGGCUCCUCCUGGCCCCUGCUGUGCUCAGCCUCCCCGUGAUGUGAGGAGGGCUGGCACUCACCCUGAGAAACUCAAUCUGUGUUGGUUUCUGUACUCAACAACCAGACCAGUAACUUUUUCAGGAGCAGGGCAGGGAGAAGGGAGGGGAAGGGAAGGGAAGGUGAGUGUUUGGGCAUCCCUUCCUCCUCCUCACCUGUCUGCCAGUUUAUUUGAUUUUAUAUGAUCAGCGUUGUUGACAACCAGCUCAUUCCUGGUCCUGGCCACCUUUCCACACCACAGCUUGGUUGUUGUUUCUCCAGCUCUCUAUGGAUAGGCCUGAAGCCAUGGACAAUUCCCUUGGAAAAGGUGAAGGAGAGAGGUGAUCCAAGAAAUGAGAGCUGCAAAGGAAAUGCUUUUUCCUGCCCCAGCCAAGAGGGGAAAGACUUUUGAUGGAUGGGUGACUGGAUGACCUGUGAGGAGGUUUCCUGAAGCCCACCCUGAGGGGCUCCUGACAGGACAUGGGGAGUUCAGACUGUCUGCAUGGUUCCUCAGGACCUGAAGGACAGCACACCUGGUUCCCUCAGACUGAAGAAACCAGAAGACUGGUGGGAAGGUGGUUGGUUUUGUUCACUGGAGAGGAGCCUGAAGCACCUCUGGGGAGGACCAAGUAACCACACUCUGAGCUGGCUGGCAGGGAUUAUCCACCCUCUCAAAACCAUGGCCAGAGUGCAACCAGCAUCCUCGUCCCAGUGUCACCUCCCCUCGGGCCCUCCCUCUUGGGGAAACCUGUGUCCUGUAUUGAUGGUAUUCAGGAAGAAACACGUGUGUUGCAUUUUGUUUAUGGCUGAAUUUUUUGUGUCCCAACCCAAACACCUCUAUCCACUGGUCCUGUUCAGUGUUUUGGGGCAUUUUUGCUAAAUCCAAACAACCAGAGGCCAAUAUUGUCCCACUCCAAGCUACCCUUUCUCCAUCAGGGGCCAAUGUGUGAGCCCAUGGGCAGGGUUUGACCUGAGCCCAACACAUCCCACUCUCACCUGCUCAUCCUCUGGUCUCACUGGCACAGGGUCUGCAGCCAUGGGAUUUCAUUUGUUUUCCUGGAAAGAAAUAGGAUAGGAGGGGUUUGCCAGAAACCACCCUGAAGACAGAAAUACCCAGCCAAGAAAAGCCAGUCAUGAAUUAUAUAAUGGGUAGGGACUGGAUUGCUAUAGUUUCCCCUCCUUGGAAAACUGGCAGAGGCAGCCCCCAGUGUUCAGGUGAGCAGGCCAAGGCCUCUUGCCUGUUCCUGUUUUAUCAGUGAGGAUGUCAUUUAAGCAAGGGAUGCUGAAGUGACCCUUUCUUCUGAGCCACAGCCAGAGCCCAGGGGAGGAAAGCGAGGAUCAAUGUCUCUCUGGUGUCCUGGGGCACCUUUAUGCAGGUGUGUGACUCUGGGCUACCUGAGCACCCCAUCUUUCCUGAGGAGGUGAGCUGAGGAGUCCCAGUGCCCUCCUGGGGGGCUGAACCCUCUACUAAAGCCAGGAAAGAAGAUGGUAAGGAAGAGUGAGAAGGCUACCCAGGAUAAAUGCUUACCCAGGCUGAGUGCCAUGGGAGGAAGAGCAACAGCCCCAGAAUCCUCCUGAGUGUGUUUAGGCCUGGCCUUUGCAGCAGUCCAUUUAUUACUAUAAUAAAUAUCAUUAAUUCCUUGGCAUUUGAAUGCAUGGAAAGGCUUGUGAAGCAUCUGACACAGCAAAGUCCAUUGCUUUGUAGUCCCAUUUCCUGCAAAACCUCUCCCAUUGCUUAUUGCUUCAGAUUUUCUAAGAAACUGCAGCAACUUCCUUGGCUCUUGCUCCAACAAGAAACCACUCUGGUUUUCAGCUGAACACCUGUGGAUGUGUCUGACAUGAGCAGAAAUUCUCCUCCUGCUGCAUCCUGUCCACAGUGCUGCUCCCUGAGGUGCUCAGGGCUGUAGCACCUGGCUUUCAGGGCUGUGCAAAGGCCACACCAAGCUCCAGGGCUCGUGUGCAGGGUGAAAGUCACACCCUGAGCCAAAGGCUGUGUGUGAGAACUUCAUGGCCAAGAGGCUCACUGUGACCAGGAAAGCAGACCAGGAGGGAGAGCUGCAGGCAGGAAAUCCUUUCAAAGUGACCCCAGACAUGCACAGAGCUGCUGUGAAGGUCUCCCCUUUGCCCAGGACAGCAGUGUCUCGAGAGGCCAAGUGACACAAAGCUUGUGCCCUCUCAGCUGCAGUGGAGAGUGAUGAAACCCUGACUGCUCAGCCCUUCAAGGCAAGGAACUACCUCAGCACCACGAGGUCAUGCUGGGAAUUGCACCCUUCUGCCCCGUUCCUUUCCAGUCCUGUAGUCAUGCUCUGCUUUCCACUCAUCAAAGCAGUCUCCACCAGCUUUCAGUCGUGCCCGGGCUCAGCAUCUGCACAGGGUGGGGAUGCAAGUGUCAGCUCCUUCUCAGGAGCACCCACUCCCGUGUCUCUC